AUGUGGUGGCCAUUAGGCAAAAAGUACCCAGAAUGCCAUCCGGCACAGGUUAAUUCCAAAACAUAUGAUUUUGUCAUAGUUGGAGGUGGCACCGCGGGGUGUACACUAGCUUCUCGAUUGAGCGAAAAUCCCGAAAUAUCCGUUCUUGUCCUCGAAUGCGGUUCUGCAAAUGACACAUGGCUAUCCCGCAAUCCUCUAAUCUCUUCCGAUCCGACUCGUCCAACCUUUGGUACUACGAGGUGGAAAUCCGAACCCAUGAAAUAUUGUGAUGAUCGUCGGAGCGGAGUAAUCCGCGGAGAAGUUCUGGGCGGCACUUCCAGAAUUAAUAGUAUGAUUUAUACGCGCGGGACUCCUGCCGACUAUGAUGCAUGGGCAUCUUUAGGCUAUUCUGAGUGGAACUAUGAGAAAUUGCUGCCUUACUUUGUUAAGAGCGAGACCUCCCUUGACUAUCAGGAUUCAACUUAUCAUGGAAACACAGGGCCAUGGAUCACCCAAACCUUCACUUACUUCAACUGGCUAUUCCAAGCCUACCGAGCUUUCACUGAUUGUGCCAAAGCGAUGGGAUUCAUUGCCGUCCCAGAUUGCAAUGCGCCAGAUGCUCCCCCGGAAGGAGUCUCAACACUCUCUCUUACUCUUAGUAAGCGCAGGGAGCGUGUAUCCAGUUUUGAAGCGUUUCUUCCCAAGAAGAUUGCACUGGAAAGACGAAACCUCACGAUUUGCACCAAUGCUCUCGUCUCUAGUAUUGUAUUUACACAAGAAAAGGGGCUCCCGCGCUCACCGCAAGUGCUUAUGCUCAGUGGUAUUGGGCCUCGUGAGAGUUUAGAGGAACACGGUAUCAAAGUGGUGCAUGACCUACCGGGGGUCAGGUCUACAUUAACUGACCACCAUAGUAUCCCAGUCGCUUGGGAGGUACCGGCAGCCGAAUCAUUAACUUCUAUGGCAACUAGCCCCCUGAAAAUCGCACUUGAGCUUUUUAAAUAUAUCUUCUUCCAAGUUGGCCUCUUCAGCAUUCCCGUUCAGACCUUAGCUCUUUAUGUUCGCUCUCGAAUGAUCAAAGAGGAUAGUACUGGACUUGUCAAAGAAGCUUCGUCGAAAUAUUCUGAUCCUCAAAGCCUCAUCCCCGACAUUGAACUCAUGCCACUUUCCACAAGUGGUAUGGAUAACUUUGACGAGCUGGAAUUCAUAAACAUAUUCUCUAAAACACCCAUAUUUUGUGUUCUGGCCACGAUUCUUCAGCCAAAAUCCAAUGGAACGGUCCGCUUGGCAUCGUCAAAUCCACACGACAAGCCGAAAGUUUAUUUUGGAAUCUUGUCCGAUCCCUCGGAUUAUACCAUUGCUCGCAGCGCAGUACGACUCACACUUUCCAUCGCAGAUAGAAUGAAAGAGUCUGGGUUCCCUCUUCUUCGAAAUAUUACCUUUCCUGCCGAAAAACAAGAACUUGAUGUUAAAAGCAAUACUACAGAGGAGAUGGAUAAGUUCAUCCGUCGCCGAAUAAGAACAACAUUUCACUAUGCAUCUACAUGUAGAAUGGCACCCGAGCAUGAUCCUAAAGCUCCAGGAGUGGUAGAUGACGAAUUAAAAGUCUAUGGUGUGAAAGGCUUAAGAGUUUGCGAUACGAGUAUUUUCCCGCAAAUUGUAUCGGGACACUUGCAAGCACCUGCUGUCAUGGUGGCAGAGAAAUGUGCGGAUUUGAUUAAGAAUGAGCUAUGA